GUUUUUUCCACUUGGUAUUUGCUUUGUAAAUAUCCUUAGUUCACGUGUGUUGGAUUUUGUCCCCCAAGGCUACCUGCUAAAGCGCAGAAGUCCCUGCCAACGCGUCUUUCCCUACGACACAGUUAUUCGUUUAUCCUUCCUCCGAGCAGGCACGGGACCCGCUGUCCUCCCCAGGGCCCCAAUCCCGAGAGGCCCAGGCUUGCCCUGAAGAGACGGAGGCACCGCCGGAGCUGGUUUACAGAGGUUCCACUCAAAGACGCCUCCAUGGGAAAAUCCUUGCCUCACCGCAAUCUCCUAAUCUCACUUUAAAGAGAAAACCCGAGGGCUCAUUUGCCUUGCUUUCUGCAAACCGGGAGGAAACUGUGUACUCUGGGGCUGCGCGCGGAGGGAGUGUGCUCCGAGCAUCAGCUCUCCCAAGACCCGGACCCCAAAUAAAGGGACUCGAACAGGUGCAGAGACUACAAUUCCCUCCUCUCCAGCGCAGGGGUGCUCAACUCCAUCCCAGAGUCCGAGGAGAAGAGAAGAGGCUGGUAGAGGGCGAUCGGCCAAAGGGACCCGCCCCCACAAGGGCUCAGAUGGCCUCCAGGGUCCGAUCCCGCCCCUACUCGGAGUAGAACCCGGCGGGGGCGCGUCUGGCUCAGGAGCCGGGUGGGGAGGGGGGGGGGAAGGAGGGUCACCUCUCUGGCCCUGAUUGGCGGAGACCGCGCCGAGGGGCGGAGCGUCCGAGCGAGAGGGGUGUGAAGGGGGCCGGAUCCUCUUGUGGUUGCAUCAUCCUCUGCCAUCCGCGGUGGCUUUGAGAAGCCCGGGUGCGGCGCACACCACUCCUCCGGUGCUCCAACCCUCGCCCGGGGCCUCCUCGCCGGCCCAGCCUUGCCCCGCACGUUCCUGCUCGGACGCGCCAGCUGGGAAGGAGGUGGACGAGGCUGCGUGCGCUCUCUGCUUCGCCCACCUCUUCCGACCCAGUCCUCAGGUGAAGCAUCCCAGAAGAUAUCCAGUCCCUCUUCCUAGCCGUGCUUCGGGACCAACCCCGGGAAAGCCAGCCGGCCACUAUGGAGAAGAGCAAUGAGACCAAUGGCUAUAUCGAAGGCAAGGGGCCGGCCUCGGAGCCCGGGGCCUCCGAGGCCGGCGCGCUGGGACGGGCGCGGCGUUGCGGGGGCUUCCUGCGUCGCAACGCGCUGGUACUGCUGACCGUGUCUGGGGUGCUGGCGGGCGCCGGGCUGGGCGCGGCGCUGCGGGGACUAGAACUGAGCCCCGCUCAGGCCACCUACCUGGCAUUCCCUGGGGAGAUGCUUCUCCGCAUGCUGCGCAUGGUGAUCCUGCCCCUCGUAGUCUGCAGCCUGGUAUCGGGCGCCGCCAGCCUGGACGCCAGUUCUCUGGGCCGCCUGGGGGGCAUCGCGGUCGCUUAUUUCCUCCUGACUACACUGGGCGCUUCGGCGCUGGCUGUAGCCUUGGCUUUCAUCAUCCGGCCAGGAGCCGGCGCGGGGGCCCUCCUGUCCAGCGACCUGGGAUUGGAGAAUUCAGAAACACUCCCAGUCACCAAGGACACCAUAGAUUCCUUUCUUGACUUGAUCAGAAACCUGUUUCCAUCUAACCUUGUGGCCGCUGCUUUCCGCACAUACGCAACCAAUUAUACAAGAGUCAUCCGUAACACAACCGUUGGAAAUAUCACUUUGGAAAAGUCCAUGCAGGUCCCCUAUGGCAUAGAGAUCGAAGGGAUGAAUAUUUUGGGUUUGGUCCUCUUUGCCCUGGUCUUGGGAGUGGCUUUGAAGAAGCUAGGCUCAGAAGGAGAAGAACUGAUCCGUUUCUUCAAUGCCUUCAAUGAGGCAACCAUGGUGCUAGUGUCUUGGAUUAUGUGGUAUGUUCCUCUAGGAAUCAUGUUCCUUGUUGGAAGUAAGAUCGUAGAAAUGAAAGACAUCGUCACCUUGGUGACCAGCCUGGGGAAAUACAUCUUUGCAUCAAUUCUGGGUCACAUCAUCCAUGGAGGAAUUGUUCUGCCACUCAUUUAUUUUGUCUUCACUCGGAAAAACCCAUUUCAAUUCCUUCUUGGACUCCUCACACCAUUUGCAACAGCCUUUGCCACUUGCUCCAGCUCAGCAACUCUGCCAUCCAUGAUCAAGUGCAUUGAAGAAAAUAACGGGGUAGAUAAGAGGAUCAGCAGGUUCAUUCUUCCCAUCGGGGCCACGGUGAACAUGGACGGGGCGGCCAUCUUCCAGUGUGUGGCCACUGUGUUCAUUGCCCAGCUGAAUAACGUGGAGCUGAAUGCAGGACAGAUAUUCACCAUUCUAGUGACCGCCACGGCUGCCAGCGUGGGAGCAGCCGGUGUGCCGGCAGGAGGAGUUCUCACCAUCGCUAUCAUCCUGGAAGCCAUCGGACUGCCCACGCACGACCUCUCCCUGAUCCUCGCUGUGGACUGGAUCGUGGACCGGACCACCACGGUGGUGAACGUGGAGGGGGACGCCCUGGGGGCCGGCAUCCUCCAUUACCUCAACGAGAAGGCCACCCAGAAGGUGGACCACGAGCUCAGCGAGGUGAAAGUCGAGGCGGUCCCCAACUGCAAAUCGGAGGAGGAGACAUCCCCCCUGGUGACCCACCAAAACCCGGCUCCCGCUCCGGCCGGGGGCCCCGAGCUAGAGUCCAAGGAGUCGGUCCUGUGAGCCACAGGUCCCUGCCACAGCUGGACCCAGCGCCUCCCGGACUUGAUCCUCGUGCGGGAGGCCGCUUGUCCUAUGGCUGCACCCUGAGGCUUCCCCGCGGGACCCUUUCUCCUGAAGCGGAACAAACACUUCCAUGUAUCUCUCUAUCCGUGUACAGAUACCGCUGUGUGUGCGUGUGUGUGCGGGCAUACGUGUGACUCUGUGGCUAAGCCUCUUCCGGGAACCCCGUCACCAGCACGGGUGGGUUAACACCUGGCAAAAAGCAAGUCUGUUCUCCACAAAAGCCUGCUUAGCGCCGGGAGAAGCCCGCCUUGGUGGCUUGGAGAGGGCAGGGACUCCCCCACCUAGCCAAGGAGCAGUAGGAAACAAAAAUACACGUAGAGAUUGGCUUUCUCCCCCUGCUCUCCUCCCCCUACCUGGCCGCCCUCCCUAGCACAUGGAAUAAUAAAGCGAGAACAUUCCAGCGGCCUUCGGAGCCGCGCAUGGGCCCCCCCCCUCCCCCGGAUCCACGAGCCCGCCUCCUCGCCUCCCAUCGGCCCCUCCCCACCUCCACCCAGACGCCGGCCAUCCAGAAUGGCUGCCCCGCGGCCGUGCUGCGUCUGGGUCACCACAUCCCGCUUCCUGUGGUGCUGUCUCAUUUGUGUGUGUGUGUGUGUGCGCGUGAGAGAGGGAGAGGCAGACAGAGAAUUCUGUAGUUCAUCCAAGUAUUUCAUUCUGCCGCUCCAUCCCUCAGGUGACCCACCCCGUCCUCCCGGGUCCCCUGGGCUGUCUGGGGCGGAACUUCGUGUACUUUAAAAGGAAGGGAUUGGGGCGCGUGCCCGGCACCCUUCCAUCGGCACGCUGGCUCCCUCUCAAUCCUACUCCGAGAGGUUCGGGUGCACGGUGCCAAGAAGACGAGGUAUGGCUAUUAGAGAGAGGAAGACCCUCGUGGGGGGAGACCGCAGAACGACUUCGGACCUUGGUGCGGGAUCCUUGUGCCUCCCUCUUCCCCUCCUCUGUCCAAUGGGGUUCCUGUACCUGUCUUCUACCUACCUCACUGGGGUUGGUGAGGCCCGCUAAGAGAAGACCCCAAGCUCCUCCAAAGGAAGCCUCUGGAGGUCCUUUUAUUUAAUGACCAAGUAAAUAACGUCGUCCAAACAGGCAAUCAUCAGAGUCGUUCAGACCGAUGUUUAUAAGCAGAGCCUUGUUCCGUGUGCGCGAGUGUAGAAACACAAACCUCCGUUGUGUGCGUUUAUAAUGACUUCAAUCAGUUCUUCGCUGGAUUUUCUUAGGACGCGAGGUUUCAGCCCCUUCAGUCUCUGCCCUUCUCCCUCCUCCCUUGGUUUUCUUCAUUGGGGUGGAUGAAAGGGAAGUCCUGGAAGAGGAACUUAGCUAGAGCUCGCCGCCACGGGCAUUCAGGACCACAGCAAGAUCCGACAGGGGCGCCGGGACCCAACCCAAACGGAGGCAAAUCCAGCCCGGUUCCCUCCCUGCCCGUCCCAUUUACCCCACAACCAAAGGGGGAGGGCAGGCUCUCAAAGAGAUCCACCGUCCUGAGCGCUUAGCACGGUGCCUGGCACAUAGUAGGCGCUUAAUCCAUGUUUUAUCGAUUGAUUGGUGGCAUGAAAGGGGCAGAAGGGAGACUGAUGGGGCUCCGCCUCCUCCCCACGUCCCCGGUCUCGGUGUGUGUGUACUCUGGGCCCGCGCCCAGGCGGGAGGCAGGAGGAGGUGACCAGACUUGGUUCUCCUGUGCCCCAGGCCGGAGCCCUGGGCGCGCUCGCUCUAAGCCAGUGUAGCUGGACAGGCCUCUCCCUGAAGCACGUGACAGCCAAGGCCGUGGCUUAAACAGCCUCAAGAAAGGGCAAGCAAGGUGCAGGCACACUCCUCUCUCUUAGGCACAGGGGAGCUCAUGGCUAGUGACCCAGACGUAAAGGGGCCCCUAACGGGGUUUCUUCCCUUCCUCCUCUAGAGGUUUUUAUACAAUUGAAUCUUCUAUUUCCCACGCCUCCGCCCCCCCCCAAAAGCAUAUUGGGUGUACCCUGGUGUUUUGCUUUUUGUUUGAGUUAACCAUUGAAGAGCAGUUUAUUAAGCUCUUCCUUGCUCAGACUUUGAGCCCCAGCUGCAACAGAAAUGAACGACCAGAUGUCCUGGUUUGGUCCCCAAUUUCCCCCUUUCUUCUCUCAUUCAGACAGAGGUGAUUAUUUUGUAGGAAGGGAAAAAGGAGAACUGGGUACAUCAAACCCAAUAAUACAAAAUGGGAAGAGAGGACAUUUAAAUGAAUAUAUUCAGCUGAGAAGUCCUCUUUGAGAUAUUUAAAGGAAUAGGAAUUUUCAGCUUUUUUUCUUUUAAUUGAUCCAAGCUUUGUUUUUGUUUUGUUUUGUUUUGUUUUAGAAGACAUACAACUAGGGUUAAGACAUUGCUUUCUUGGUGCCCAUGACAAAGCCUUCCUGGUUACUCUUUUUUAAUAUUUGUUGUAAAUGGUGGUCCUCUACUGGCUCUUUCCUGUGUGUGUGUGUGCAUGUCUGUCACUUGCCUUAAAACAGAGCACAGUCUUUGCCAACAAAUACAUGAUUUCUACUGGUUUCUGCUGCCUCUUUAGCCUUCUCUGUUCCCCUCAUUCUAUCAGGCCGUGUUUUAAGAUGUGAUUUAAGGAGGUCGUCACCAAAAGGAAGCACCAAUGAGCAUCUUCUUGUCGGGCGCCUUUGGUGAGCCUAUAUUGGGAUUUUGUUAUGCUCUCCUAUGCCAAUGAAGAACAUGGAACAAUGUGUGGGACUGGCCUUGGAGUCAAGAAAUGAUAGCUUCAAGUUUUGUCCCUGAUACACACUAGCUGAGUGACCAGGAGGUAAGUCCCAUAACCUCUCAGCGUCUCAGACAAUAAGUGGCAGAAGAUUGUGGCCACGUGCAGUGGGGGAGGAACUGAUCAUGUUGGAAGUUCUUCACACCAAUACCUUGUGUUUUUGACUGUCCAAAACAAUCCUCCAGUCCUAUCCCCAAAUACCAAAUGAGAACCUGGGGCCUUGUAAGCAAGUUAAGGCAGGGAUAGCUCUUGAUUCAAACAAAUUCCACAUGUAAUAGCUGACUUGCUACCAGGGAAAUUUGGAUUUCCUGCUUUUAAAAAAUAAGGAAACAGAUCAUUAAACAAUUUUGGGUUGCCAUUGGCACGAACAUGAAUCUCCAGGUCAACUUUCUGUGUUGACUGGUAGACGAAGUCAUAUGACAACUUCAAAUUACUGCUAAAGAUUUGGAUGGAAAAAAAUAACCAACCCCCAACCAGUGUCAUACACAUUCCUUUCACUUUUCUAUGCAUAAAAUUGCAGUACAACUAAAAAAUCUAUAUGAUAUGAUAAAGUAACCUUUAGAUAAUAAAAUUAGCCUACAAAUUCACCUGGGAAGAUUGAAGGACUGGAUUUCAAGUGAUGAAACCGUGAAAGAAGUAGAUCUAGACUAACUCGACAUCACUUGAUCGAGAUUUUGAUCUCUUCACUCGACACAGGAAUUGGCCUUGUUUUCAGUCAAGAUGUAGAAUUGAAAAGAGAGAAGCCCACAUUUGAAAGGGGUCAAAUGUGGCCCAUCAGCUUGUGGCAUUCUGAGAAGUGACUUUUUACUCUAUCACUUUAUUGGUGGUGAAUAUUUCAAAGUUGAGUCUUUAGAGAGCAAAAAGCACCAAAAGAUUCAGACUUCUGAGGAUGGCUCAAAUAAGAGGACCAAGCUUUCCUUGCUGGCUUCUUCUGUAACAAGGGCAAAGGACAUUGGUAAUAAUUGGUUUACAAUGUGGCAACCCUGAAUUAAUUUGACCAUAGUGGGGUCUUCUAUGCCCAGGAAGGUAAAAAUACCUUAAAUGAAUAAAUUAAGCCUAUAAAGUCCUCUGAAAUGUUAAGAAAAAAUUAACAAUUUUAAUUUCCUUUUCCACUCUUAUUUUUUGUGAGUAUGUCAGGAGGUUUGGGUACAGCUAGAACUGGGAUGUGCUUCUUUCUGUUUUUCUCAAAAUGUUUCCUUGUUAUCCUCUUUCUAUUUGAAAAGGCUUUUCAAACACCUAUUGAAAGCCUUCUCUCUGCCUCUCAAAAACUCCAUCUUAGCCCCGGCUUUGGCCAUUUUGAAAUGUCAGAGCCUUCUAGCUUGUACUAAUUUCAACCAGAUGUUUAAAGAUGGCCCAUGAGGCCCUCUAUUUAAUGGAGACCAUCUCAUGUAACAUUUGGUCUUUACCCUUUUGCUAACUCAGCCAGUGCAUAGUAGAAAAUGGCAGAGGGGAAGUAUCUCAAGGGCAUGUUUUAUCUUUUGGCUGAUUGUCGAACCCCGUCCGUGUGUGGUUCACUGGUCGCAAAUUACUAAAUCCAAACAUCUAUGGUAACCUCUGCCCUUAUGUAACUGAGUUCAGCGAAGGCCGCAGAUAAAAGCAAGCUCAACGGCCCAAGCCUUUGGCAGAGAGAUGGAUACCACGCGUGGCAGAAAGUGUAUGAAGUCUAUAAGGGGACAGCCAGUCUGUCUGUAGCAUUUCUGGGACUCUUGGCUUCAUCCUACUCCAGAGCCCUCACCUUCAAAUCAAAGUUGUGCAAUGAGAAAGCCCAGGAAACCUCCAGAAAUAUGCACAAGUCCAGCUGGCUGUCAUGAGGAAUUCUCUUAAUUAGAUUGUAAAACCUCUGGAGCAAGGGCUGUAUUCAUUCAUGCAUGACGAAUGUUUAAAACCACUCUAGUAACACCAAAAAUAAAUUAUAACAGAUAGCUCAUUUGGAACUUGUGUUUAAUAGGUUAUGUGCUGUCUCUAAUAAGGAAGGAACUAAUUAAUCUGUCAAAUAGUGGGUAAGUAACCCAUCAAAGCCGCCAGCAGUGGUACCUGAGAUAGCCUUAGUUCUACUCCGUGCCAGGAUAGGCAUGGAGAAUCAUCUUUUGAAAAGACAGAGCAAGCAGUAGCUCAGGGAAACUUGUUGAGAGGUUUCCUGCCCUAUGAAGCUGGCAUUCAAGUCUUCUAGCAGGGGACAGCCCACACCUCCAUCAGGUCUGAGAAGCCACCUACUAUCUAACCAGGUUCACAAAGCAUCCUCUGGGAAUCCCCCCUUCUCGGGGAAGCAUACACUGUUGGGUACCACCACUGGCUACCUGGGAGCCCAUCAGCCCACCAGUGUGCAUUGCAAUGUCUAACUUCAUCCUCCCAAAGCCUGCCAUAUCUGCCAUGCCUAUUUUUCCUCCUUUUUUAAAUAAUGGAGAGACUAAGUGAGCUCGUUCUUCAAAUUUUUGAGCAAUUUGCUAAAGAGGCACCCUUUCAAAAUGAACUAGGUUACAUCAAAGUAUGGAGAGAAUGACUUGGCAUAACAGCUAACAAGCUUAAAGAAUUCACCAUGGUACUGGUGAAAAUGCAUGUGGAUUCCCAAAGGAUUUAGACAUCUAAUAUGACAGAACCAUAAAGGGCCACUAAGAACUUGGAUAUAUAUCCUUGCUCUUUAAAGCUGAAAUUAGGAAGGAUAGGGGUUGCUCCUAGAAAGGACACUGACUGGACAAUGAGUUGAGCCCAGCAGGACAAUUCCUUUGAUGUUUGUUAUUUUCUUUGGUUGUUGUUGUUCAUUUAAAUUCUUUCUUUCUCUCUCCCUUUAUCACUUUGUACCCUGGUCAGUUUCUUCUUUCUUUCCCUUCUCUACUGAUGCUUUAGGCCAGCUAGUGACUCCUGUGGUCACCUGAUGAAAAGAACGCCCAAUUUGUAGUUAAGAAACCUGGAUUCACAUCCUCCUUUCUACACUUCCUAAGACAUUUUUGUCCAAAUCAAUUAACUUUCCAAGGCCACCUCAGUUUCCUCAUCUACAAAACAAGGACAAUAAGAAUGAAAUGAAAGAAUGCUUUCAAAACUCUUUAAAAUAUGAAAGCCCUUCAUAAAUAUUGGUCCCCUAGAAACCUUAGCUCCCUCCAAAGCUCAGCUCAAGGCAUUGACCCCUUUCUGCCUCUUGAAAUUACUUAUCUGUGCACAUAUUUUACGUCUCUAAUAGAGUGCAAACUGCUUGAGGGUAGAUAGAUCAAGUCCAGAUGUUUUUUUGGUUUGUUUUUGUCUGUGUUCAGUGCCUAUGAAGCAGUGCCUAGUGGCUUACUGGCACUCAACUAAUGUUUUUAACAACUGCAUUAAAUUGAAUGUAUGACUCUUUGGGCUUAAAAA